AUUUCAAGUAUAACUAAGGUCAGGCAAACUAAAGAAAACGUGAUUUGUCAAUACCUGUAUACAGAUAAGAAUAAUUACUUAGCUUUGAAUACCAGUCUAGUCUAGUCUUUGUAAGUCUGCUCUUUGGAUCAAGAUCAUCAUGCAGUUGCUCGUCGUAUUAUCCCUUCUUUUUGGAUAUGCUUAUUGUCAGAUCCAAGUCCAUGGACAUGAUUUGAAUGUAUUGGUAGCUAAAGGGUUUGCUCGUCUUGACACGAAUAAAGACGGAAUUUUGGAAGCCAACGAAUAUGAGGCUGUUUUAAAGGUUGACGACACUAAUGGUGACGGAACGAUUACCUGUGAUGAAUACGUAGCUCACUCGUCUGCGCCAAAGGCACUUGCUUUACAAAUAUUUACGGCAGUUGACCCUGAUCAUGACUGUUCUCUUACUCAUGCAGAAGCUUUGAGCUUACUUACAAAAAUGGACCAAACAGGAGAUGGACAGGUCAGCGAACAUGAGUUUGAACAUUUUUACGUUCAGAUCUUGAAACACCUCGGUCACGUGGACCAUGGUCACCAAGUAGUGGGUUGAUCUCUCUCCUUACUAAAGCGACAUGAUACCAAAUAGGAGUCAGACCAAGUUUUAAUAAAGGACUAGCAUUAUA